GAUAAAUAAUCGCUUUUUUUCCCAUGCCUGGGCCGUGACUAUUUAUAUUCUGGGCCCCCGUCUACCUUGUUCAGGUCAAAACCAUCACUUAAUCAACCCAGCAUGGCAGGUGACAAUAUCUCGGCCGCAGGCGAGCCGGUCAAGCCCACCCGAAUCUCUUAUUGGCGCCUUCUGUUCGACCAGGGUGUGCUCACCCAAGAAGUCCUUGACUACCCAUGGGCUGGCUCAGGCACUGAGGAGGACCCUUAUCUCGUCACCUGGAUCCCCAAUGACCCCCGGAAUCCCAUGAAUUUUCCUGCCUGGCGGAAAUGGCUGUAUACCCUCACUGUAGCCUGGGCCACGCUCGCUGUGUCCAUGGUCUCGUCCGCCUACACGGGGGGUGUCGAGCAAAUCAUGGAAAGCUUCCAUGUAGGCUCCGAGGUUGCCACGCUCGGGGUCUCCCUAUUCGUGCUGGGCUUUGCCAUUGGACCUUUGUUCUGGGCCCCUAUGAGCGAGCUCUGGGGUCGCCAAUACCUUUUCAUUGGAAGCUAUUGUGGUCUCACGGUCUUCAAUGCUGGCCUUGUUGGCUCGAAGAACAUCCAGACCCUCAUCGUGUUGCGCUUCCUUGCGGGCGCAUUCGGGUCCUCGCCCUUGACAAACGCCGGAGGGGUGAUCGCAGACUUGUUUCCUGCGAAGCAGCGCGGGUUGGCCAUGAGCAUUUUUGCGGCGGCGCCGUUCAUGGGUCCGACACUGGGCCCCGUAUGCGGAGGCUUCUUGGGGAUGAAUGCAGGAUGGAAGUGGGUAAUGGGCUUUUUGGCCGCCUUCUCGGGUUGUCUCUGGAUCAUCGGCAGUCUGGUAAUGCCGGAGACCUACGCACCGGUUCUAUUGCGGCGACGCGCGAAGAAUCUGACUAAAGUGACGGGGAAGGUACAUCAGAGCAAGAUGGAGGCGGAACGGGGCAAGGUUCCAUAUGCUACCGUCUUCAAGACUGCCCUCUCGCGUCCUUGGGUUCUUCUAUUUCGUGAGCCGAUUGUCCUCUUGCUAUCCAUAUACAUGGCGAUUAUCUAUGGAACCUUGUACAUGAUGUUUGCGGCAUUUCCCAUCGUGUAUGAGGAGCUGCGCGGUUGGAACCAAGGUGUCUCCGGCCUGGCUUUUCUGGGAAUCAUGGUGGGCAUGAAUGCGGCCGUCCUGUACAGCAUUUGGGACAACAAGCGAUACAUUAGGACGGAGGAGGCCCAUAAGGGAUUUGCACCUCCCGAAGCUCGUCUGCCCCCGUGCCUGAUUGCCUCGAUAGCUAUCCCUAUCGGCCUCUUCUGGUUUGCCUGGACCAAUUACCCUUCGAUCCACUUCAUGGCCAGCAUCUCUGCCGGUGUGCCGUUCGGAUUUGGCAUGGUCCUGGUCUUUCUUAGCUUGAUGAACUACCUGAUCGAUGCCUAUACCAUCUUCGCGGCCUCUGUCUUGGCAGCGAACUCGGUUUUGCGUUCCGUAUUCGGCGCAGCAUUCCCUCUUUUCACGACAUACAUGUACAACAAUCUCGGUGUCCAUUGGGCCUCCAGCAUCCCUGCGUUUCUGGCCCUUGCAUGCGUGCCCUUCCCAUUCCUGUUCUACAAGUACGGCCCGGUGAUACGAUCACGGUGCAAAUAUUCCGCACAAUCUGAGGCGUUCAUGCGGAAGUUGAUGGAACAGACUGGGAGAGACAACCGACAGACAGAGCCAGAAAAAGAAGCCGCUGUGGAUGAAGAACUGCCCACCCAGCACUCCCCGGGCUCUACGCUUGGAGACCUGAAGGUGGGCGACCUUUCCGUUGAACGGGCAGACUCUGGUCGGGCACAUUCGAUUGCGUCGCAAAGCUCUCAGCGUCCGGCCACGGCAAAGUCUAUUUAUGACGGGAACCCGUAUGACAUUGACCGAGUGAACACUCGCGGCUCCUUCAAGGAAUGAGGCUACUUUUGUAUAUCAUAGAUGGUUAUCAUGUUGAGAGCCAAAAUGGUCCAGCCAGAUGAAAAAUGUGGAAGAUGUUGUUGCCCUUCAAUUGUUUUGGCAUCGCGAUUCGGAUUUGCCGCAUAGUUAGCGUUUGCCCAGUUGAUAGAAUAGUAUAAAUAGCAUGCAAAAUGUAUGUACUACAAGUCGUUCGGGAGCUGCGCAUUCUUCUCCAUACGAGGUAGAACGACACCGGUUGGCCCUUGUUGUGGC